CAUUUGGAGCUGAAGAUUACAGCCAUUUUAUGAAACAAGUUACGGACGGUUCUUAUGGAACAUAGGUGGACUAGUUGGGUGUAUCGUGGUUUACCGUUUUACGCGGAUAGUCAUAGUGAUACAAUUAACGAAUUUUUAAUUAAUCAAGAACCUGAAUUAUACCCUAUUUUUAUUUCGGAUAUAAAAGUAGCCAAUUUUAUUUAUGUGUUAAGUGAAUUUGCAUCGUUUCUUGAAAAGGUCAUUUUUAGGCCCAUAUAUAGAAGAAUAAUAAUGGUUGACCACACGACUUCGCACUCGCAGCAAAAUGUUUUCAGGUUAGGACAUCCCAGGCCACCUUUGUCGCCAAAAACGAACAGGCUUACUGAAGAUUAUAUGAUAACAGAUAAAGUACUUGGUCUAGGAAUUAAUGGAAAAGUUGUUGAAUGUUACGACAAGGUUACAAGAGUAAAAUACGCCUUAAAAGUAUUAAAAGAUAACCCUAAAUCUCGAAGAGAGAUAGAACUUCAUUGGAGGGCAAGCAAUAGUGUCCAUAUUGUUAAUAUUAUUGCUGUAUAUGAAAAUGCCUAUGGUGGUCAGAAGUGUUUACUUGUUGUUAUGGAAUGUAUGGAAGGAGGAGAAUUGUUUUCUCGAAUUCAGCAGCGGGCAGAAGGAGCUUUUACAGAAAGGGAGGCAGCAGGAAUCAUGAAAGAAAUUUGUGAAGCCGUUGCACACCUCCACAGAAUGAACAUUGCUCAUCGAGAUCUAAAGCCUGAGAAUCUUCUCUAUUCUCAACCUGCACCAAGUGGAACUCUCAAACUUACAGAUUUUGGUUUUGCUAAAGAAACAACAAACAUAAACUGUCUUCAAACACCUUGUUAUACCCCAUACUAUGUUGCACCGGAAGUUCUUGGUCCAGAAAAAUAUGACAAGUCUUGUGACAUGUGGUCCUUAGGAGUUAUUAUGUAUAUACUGCUUUGUGGUUUUCCCCCUUUUUACAGCAACCAUGGGUUGGCUAUCUCUCCUGGAAUGAAAAAGAGAAUUCGAGCAGGGCAGUAUGACUUUCCUUACCCUGAAUGGAAGUGUGUUACACAAGAUGCAAAAGACUUGAUACAUGGCCUGCUAAUGACUGACCCAGCUCAGAGGUUGACAAUUGAGGAAGUUCUCAGCAAUAAAUGGAUAGCUAAAUACACAGAAGUGCCAAUGACUCCAUUAUUUUCAGUGAAGGUACUGAAAGAAGAAGGUGAUGUGUGGCCAGAGGUUCAGGAGGAAAUGACCCAAGCUCUAGCAACUAUGAGAGUUGAUUAUGAUGCAGUUCACCUAAAAAACUUGGAGAAAUCCAAUAAUAAACUGCUGAACAAACGUAGAGGCCAAGCUCAAACAACAAAGUGACAAAAUAUUAAAAAAGAGGAUUUGGUCUAUUAACCACUUCUUCCAGUGGAAUCCACUUUUAUAUUCACUGUAUGUUACUAUAACCCUGAAAGGCUUAGUGGUGAUUGUAGGCCUAGUCAUAUAUGGUAGAGUAGUCAUGGCAUGAAAACUUAAACUUGUCAAGACGUUUUGGAACAAAAUCUUUUUUUUUUUCUUUUUUUUUUUUUUUUUUUUUUUUUUU